CCAUAACCUCCAUCUGCACUCCGUCUACCACAUCUUCCUCCACACGCACGAAGAAUCCCUGCUACCGGACACUCUAUCUCAACCAUGGACGCUCAACCCUUGACCGACCGCUCCACCAACACCCACUUGGGGACCGCCGAGGAGACGGGCAAGCCGAUUAACUCAAUGGACUACCACCGUCAGAAGCUGCAAGGCAAGCUGGAGAGCGGAGAAAGUAACCAAGCCAGCUACGUGUCGCCCUCUGACGAACUGAUGAGCCCUUGCUCGAAGAAGUUGAGCGACCUGAAGGGCAAGCGCUUCAAGAAUGCCGGCAAGCCCCAAUCCUUGUUCGCCAAACUGGGCAAGAAGAACUUUGAGCAGUCCGCGGCGGCUGAAGCCCAGCGUGAAAAGGAGAACGCCGAGAGCGCUGUCUGACUGUAGCCCGCUUCUGUUUGCAUCCAUAGAAGAUAUUCUUGUGGAAGUUGCUCUUCACUGUUUAUUUUCCCUCCCUCGCGCGGGUCGCCGGAGAGGAAAUUUUUUCUUUUUUUUUUUUUUUCUUUUUCUUUUUUU